AUGCCGCAGAAGUGGCGCUCCCGACCACGCCACGGCAAGGGACCAGCUGGAGGUCCCGCAAAGAGGACUCAGGAGAAGAGCUCCCGUGCGCAAGAUCUCACAAAGACCAUUGCCGAGCUCGCACGCAACAAACAGUUGAAACGAGCCAUCGCCACCUUCCACAAGUUUGAGGAAGAGGGCCUGCAGCCCAGCGUGUACACCUUCUCCAGCCUCAUCAACGCGUAUGUGCGCGCUGCAGACGUCCCGGGAGCUUUGGAAGUAAUGUCCGCGAUGAAACGGCAUGGCAUCAAACCCAAUGUGAGCAUCUUCACAAUUCUGCUCAAGGGCUACAGCCAAGAGGGCAAGAUGAACGCCGCGCGGGCACUUCUGGAUGAAAUGAUUGCGCAGGGGGUUGCGCCAGAUGCCCGCGCUGUCAAUGCCUUCUUCCGAGGCUGCUUAUACCAUGGUGAUGUGCCGCUAGCUAGCGAUGUCUUCAGCAAGAUGGAGAGCAGCUGGCAGCUUGUCCCAGAUUCGAUCAGCCUCCGCUACGUUGUGCAGCUGCUCAGCCAGGGCCUGCGAGUGAGCGCGAUCAAGGAGCUGAUGAAGAAACUGCAGAAGGCGAACCCUCUGACCGAACACGGCGGUGGGAAGACGAUGGGCCGGCAAGCCUGCAAGUUUUGGGCAUCUGGGACGUGCACCAAGGGAGUAAACUGCAAGUUCCACCACGACCUGGAAGCGUCACCUGAGAGCCAGGAGCGCAUGCAGCAGGAGAAGGUUGCUGCAAUGGCUGCAAUGAACCUGUCUAUGGCCCAUGCUGCGGCGAUGCUUGGUCGUUGGCCCCUUUGCCGGCGAGCACUGAAAUGCGCAGAGGACUUCUACGAAUCGACUGAAGAAGGUGGCCAGGGCGGUGUUGGAAGUCAUGGUCUUUUCCAAGAGCUGAGUCGCGAAGAAGCCUCCAGAGAGAUACAGCGGAUCUCUCAUUUCCUCAACCAAGAGCAGCCACCCGAGCCAUAUUCAUUUCUUUGUCGCACUUUUCUUUUCGGCACGGAGCCCUGUACGGAGAAAGCUGAGUUGGCGCAGUGCUGUGUCGACGAGCUUGUCCGUUCCUUUGGGCUUGGAGAGGUGCUCCUGCGUGUGGGCCUCUCGGAGGAAGACGCGCGGACAUCGUUUCGGCUUUGCCUCUCGAAGAAGCUGCGCCUGCGCGGUUCGCAGAUUUUUGCGCCGGAGCUGCACGGCAAGAGGAAGAUUGAGAGUGACCCACCUUUGCCCAUGAAGAUGGAGAUAUGCUCAGGCAAUGGUGAUUGGGUCAUUGCGCAGGCCAAGGCAGAUGAAGGGCUGGCCAACUGGAUGGCGCUGGAGCUCCGACAUGAUCGCGUGCAUCAGAUCUUCAGCCGAAUGGUUUUCCGCAAGGCAUGUAACCUUUGUCUGCUCCGUGGUGAUGCCGGGCGAGUUGUUCCAGCGCAUGUGCAGCCGGAGUCCAUGUCGCAUGUCUUCAUCAACUUUCCUGAGCCACCUCACUUUUCAGGAGACGAGACUGCGGAGAGCAAAAGCGAGUUGUUGACGGGCAGCUUCUUUUCCCAGCUCCACACGAUCUUGCAACAGGAUGGCAAACUUACCAUCCUGUCCGACAACUGGAGGUAUGUUCGGCGUCUUGUGCGAACGCUUGCUGAGUUGAGGGAUGAGAACGAGCAGAUGUUCCUGUCAGCUGGGCCACGCAAUGCCAAGAACGCGGAGCUCUGUGAAACCCUGUAUGGCAUCGAUCUGUUCUGCGGAAUGCCAGACAAGCACGUGGGCCACAAGAAGAAGACGACCUCCUAUUUUGACCGCCUCUGGACAAAGGGUCAGCACCUGGACAGAUACUACUUCAUGGUUCAAAAAGCUUGA